GUUGAUCUGCGGAGUACAGAGUGUGGUGGUGAACGUGAAAGGUAGGCCAGGCGCGUGGUUGAGGUUUGUUUGAGCUGUGGCCCAAGCGUCGACUUCAAGUAAUAGUUCUACAAACUGCAGACUCAGUUACUUCACAGAAACGGUUGUCGAAGAGAAGUGGUGCUGACCUGUUGAUGCUUUUGGACUAGCCACCGCAGUCCCCAAAUUUGAUGCAAAAUGGGUCAAUUCCUUAGCCAGCCGAACACUGACAAGGAGUCUUUUGAUGACAAAGACGAGACUUCUGGUAUCUGCUAUGGAGUAACUUCCAUGCAGGGAUGGCGGUCUGGAAUGGAGGACGCUCAUCUGUGUAAUCUGGACUUCGACAAUGGCCGCAAAUUAUUUGGAGUGUUUGAUGGUCACGCUGGCCCCGAGGUUGCACAGUACCUGGCUCUACAUCUUGGUCAGUUUCUCCAGAAGAACAAGCUCUACGCAGCAGCUGUGAAAGACAAGAAGAUCAAUGCAAAGAAGCUGGGCAAGGCUUUGACCGAGACAUUCAUGAACAUUGAUGCCAAACUCCUCACUGACGAGGCUAUUGAAGAAUUGGAGAAACUGAGCGACCGUAAGCCGGAGCGUGGCUCUUGCGACAACAGUGAUGAUGAGCAAGUAGAGGCGAGGGAGCUGGUGAGCGAAGCGCAAAUGUCGCUAGCAGACCUCAUGGCCAAGUAUGGAGCAGACGUGCACCCUGAUGCUGACGACAGUGAAGGAAACGGCGACGCCAGCAAUGGCAAGGAAGCGAAACACGUGCAAGCGAGGAAGCACCUUAGAGCCAUGGCGCAGAAAGUGGGCUAUGAAAUUGACUUUGGUGAUGAUGAUAAGGAGGAGGAGGAGGAAGAGGAGAAGAAAACUAAAGCUGAGAAUGAUGAGGAGAGCAAGCCAGCACCUGUGCAGGAGGAGGAAGCCAACGUUGAACAGACCACUGGUCGCCGCAGAAAGGCAGCCAAGCCAAGCAAGGCAGCUGCCACCGGUCCUGUGAAUGUGUCUCCGGAGAGUGAGUCCAAGGAGGCCACCACCGGUGAAGGCAGUAGCAGUAAGACAAAGACUAGCAAGAAAGAAGAGAAGUCGCAAGCUGAUGACGCACCUCAGAAUGGUGUUCAUGAUAAGGAAAGUGAUGGUGAUGAUGAUGAUGAAAGUGAAGAGGAUUACGAGGGCUCUGCUGAUGAUGACGAGGAGGGUGAUGAUGAAAGUCUUGAUAGUGAAGAUGAGGAGGACGAGGACGAUGAAGAAGAUGGACGCACAGUGUCUGACUUCGACGAGGACUUUCCUCAAGGCGUUGGCAAGAGCAGUGGUUCAACUGCAGUGGCUGCAUUGCUAACAGGAGGCCAACUUGUCGUGGCGAAUACUGGUGACUCUCGGUGUGUUCUUUGUCGAGGUGGUGAGGCUGUUGCCAUGUCCGAGGACCAUCAGCCAGAGCUGCCGGAGGAGAGGGAACGUAUUGAGCGUGCUGGUGGCGUUGUCAGCGAUGUAGGCCGGGUCAACAACGGGCUCAACAUGUCUAGAGCUAUUGGUGAUCAUGGCUACAAGUUGAAUGAAGAUCUCCCCGCAGACGAACAAAUGAUCAUUGCCAAGCCUGACAUCAGAAUUGAGACUAUUGGAGCGGCUGAUGAGUUCAUGAUCUUGGCUUGCGAUGGCAUCUGGAACUGCAUGAGCAACGAAGAGUGCGUUAAGUUUGUCCGCAAGCGCCUGCUGAAGAGGGGUGCCGAUACCUGCCUGUCGAAGAUCUGUGAAGAGGUGUGCGAUGACUGCUUGGCACCGGACAUCAGUGGAGAUGGCACUGGCUCUGACAAUAUGACGAUGAUGAUUGUGCUGCUGAAGAAAGACUUUGCGCCGGCACCUGUGCGACGGAGAAAAGGCCGUCAGAGUCCUGUGUCAGAGGACGAGGCAGCCGACAGUCCGGCACCCGCGCGCAAGAGGUCGAAGAGAACAAGAUAGCCACGUUCAGCUGUGCAUUCUGCCAGAACUUCCAGCUGCGUUCAACUGUGUAAGCGGAUGCAGCAGCACUGAUAAGUGGCCAGCUUGUUGCCAUGGUUAUGUUGGCAGCACUGUGAGUGUCAGUAUGUCGUCCCAGUCACGCUUACCCUUCUGCAUCCUUUCUACUCUCUGUUUUCCAUCACUGACACUCGACGACUUGUUCCACGGUGGACAUCUUCUGGUGAGUGAGUAUGUGCUAUCAUCGAUAAGGCACCACUUUGACAUGGUUUAGUGUUGAUGCUUCCUUGGCUGGCUACCGUGGAUUGCGCUGUUUGUAUGCACCCAGUACCACCAGCUGGCUUGACUCGCUAUCGCUGCACCAGGGUUUUAACUGGCGGGGAGUGGUGUUAGCCACAAUGCACAUCCGGUCUGGCCAUGGUUGAAUCUCCUGGGCUAACAGCAAAGCCAUUCCAGGCAGCCUUCCACAGCUUUGGUUAUUUUUCGACCGUUGCUUUUAGCAGGUGGCAUUGAUGGGGUGCUCCUGCCAUUACUCGCCACUUUCAUCUAUGCAGGACCUUUGUCUUUGUCGUACCCUUUUAUCAUCACUGUUUUACGAGUUGAGCGGGCAGCUGCGACAUUAUUUUUUUUAACCUACUUGAAGUGGAGUGCUGCUGCUGUCUUUAUUUAACUGAGUGAACACACCACUGCCCGCUUGUGUGAUUCCGAAUUUGAGCUGCAGCUACUGUCAUCCUUUUCCCUCUGUUGUCUUUGAAUUGCAAGUUCUGUUACCAGUACUCGAAUCACAGCUGUCUUCUCUUGUUUGUUGUUAUUGCACGUGCACUAUUGUGGCAGUGUGUUGUGUUUGUCAGUGUCCUUUUUUUUUUUUAGCUAGAAGCAACUUGUGUUCUUUGUCCACUUCGUAGUAGUAGAAUGUUUACUUUGCACCUGCUGUGUUCGCAUUGCAGUUAGUGCUGCAUCUGCGUUAGAAUGAGCUCUCUCUCUCUCAUGACCCCCCAUGCCCAGUCAUACUCUGUGGACAAAAAUCCAAUUUACAUGGAUAAUUGUAUGCAGCUCAGGCGCGUAGCACCGUCGUUGGAGGUGGUCCGGAGGGUCUCCCCCGGAAAAUUAUUGAAAUUAUGGUUCAAUCCCCGA